AUGGACAAGAGAACGUUUCAAUGGGAGCGCACAUGCGGCACGGAAACCUACCUCAUCUCCUCUGACCGAUCGCUCCUUGCACAUGCCUUUGUCCAAGACGUCUAUGCGACGGAAGAGGUGUUCUGGGCGAAACCACUCCCAUCUGCCACGCUAUGCACCAUGCUCGACAACAGCCUGACCCUGGGCGUCUAUCUUGUGUCUGGCGAGAGCAAGACGCCAAUUGGCAUGGCUCGCAUGGUCACCGACUACACAACCCUCGCCUACCUCACUGACGUCUACCUGGUUCCCAAACACCAAGGCCGUGGUCUCGGCAAAUGGCUCAUCGCGUGCUGCCGCGACUUCUGUCUCAGCAUGGAGAACCUGAGGUUCAUGGUGCUGCUCACGGCCAGCGAGCAGGCGCGGGCGCUGUACAGGCGAGAGUUGGGCAUGACAAAGCUGGACGGAGUGGAGGAGGGGUUAGUGUGUAUGGGGGCGCGCAAGGCAAACCUCAGCGGAGCGCCGGCCGCUACGGACGCCCCAUCAUUGCAGUAA